CAGCCAAAAAGUCGCAUAUAAUACUACGAAGUUAAACUUUCCUUUUAAAAGACGUAAAAAUAAACCCUGAAGUCGCCGGAGGAUCAUAAGGAAAACGCUGUUGAUGCAACUUCGAAACAUCGCGUCUGCAGAGAAAUUCUUUCUAGACCGCUAUGAGUCAGCCAACGAUGGGGGGCGCUGCCCCCGCCACAGCCACAGCUUCUGCAGCCACCUCUGCCACUGAGGCUCGACUGCACCCAGAGGGCAGCAGCAGAAAACAGCAGCGUGCUCAAUCACCUGCCAGACUAAGGGACAAUUCGGUCCGACAGACAACCGCGACCACCCGGUCCCCCGUGGGGGCCGGCACUAAACUCAAUUCUGUUCGACAGCAGCAGCUGCAGCAGCAGCAGCAGCAGGGCAACAAGACCGGGAGCCGCUCAGUGCCUCCGACCAGCGCCCGAGGAGGCGGAGGCGUGGCGGAGAAGGCUGCGCCCCUGGCGCCCAAAGGGGCCGCUCCGGGAACUGUCCAUCUCGCGGCUGGUGCUGAAGCAGCCCCUGCGGCGACCCUGGCCCCCGUGGGCGGCAGGAGGCCUGGCCCGUCGGAGGAGCCAUCCAGGGAGCUAGAGCCAGUGUCCGCUAAACUCGGGGAACCCCCUCCGCUCGGGGAAGGAGGAGGAGGGGGUGGGGAAGGAGGAGGAGCCGGCGGCGGCUCCGGUGAAAGGGAGGGGGGCGCUCCGCAGCCUCCGCCGCCGCCCAGGGGCUGGCGAGGGAAAGGCGUACGCGCUCAGCAGAGGGGCAGCAGCGGCGGGGAGGGGGCCUCCCCUUCACCAUCCUCUGCGGGCAAAACCCCAGGCCCCGGCAGCAGAAACUCCGGAAGCGGUGUUGUGGGGAGCGGGAGCGGUGGCGGAGGGAGCUACUGGAAGGAAGGAUGUCUGCAGUCUGAGCUCAUCCAGUUCCACCUCAAGAAAGAGCGGGCGGCAGCGGCGGCAGCCGCGGCUCAGAUGCACACUAAGAACGGCGGCAGCAGCAGCCGCAGCUCCCCGGUCGCUGGCGCCCCUGCCAUCUGCGAGCCUCUUGCAAUCCCUUCAGUCUCCCCAAUGGCGGCGGCAGCGGAGGGCCCCCAGCAGAGCGCCGAGGGCAGCGCGAGUGGAGGGGGCAUGCAGGCGGCGGCGCCUCCUUCGUCGCAGCCGCACCCGCAGCAGCUCCAGGAGCAGGAAGAAAUGCAGGAGGAGAUGGAGAAACUGCGAGAGGAAAACGAGACUCUCAAGAACGAGAUUGAUGAGCUGAGGACCGAGAUGGACGAGAUGAGGGACACUUUCUUCGAGGAGGAUGCCUGUCAACUGCAGGAAAUGCGCCACGAGUUGGAGAGAGCCAACAAAAACUGCCGGAUCCUGCAGUACCGCCUCCGCAAAGCCGAGCGCAAAAGGCUCCGCUACGCACAGACUGGGGAAAUCGACGGGGAGCUGUUGCGCAGCCUGGAGCAGGAUCUCAAGGUUGCAAAGGAUGUAUCUGUCAGACUUCACCAUGAAUUGGAAAAUGUGGAAGAAAAGCGAACAACAACAGAAGAUGAAAAUGAAAAACUGAGGCAACAGCUUAUAGAAGUUGAGAUCGCAAAGCAAGCUUUACAGAAUGAACUGGAAAAAAUGAAGGAGCUAUCCUUAAAAAGAAGAGGAAGCAAAGAUCUGCCAAAAUCUGAAAAAAAGACUCAACAGACUCCCACAGAGGAGGACAGUGAGGAUCUGAAAUGCCAGCUGCAGUUCGCGAAGGAAGAAGCCGCUCUGAUGAGGAAGAAGAUGGCCAAGAUCGACAAAGAGAAGGACCGAUUCGAACACGAGCUUCAGAAGUACAGAUCCUUUUACGGGGAUCUGGACAGUCCUUUGCCCAAAGGAGAAGCCGGGGGGCCUCCCAGCACCAGGGAGGCUGAGCUCAAGCUGCGGCUGAGGCUCGUGGAGGAAGAAGCCAACAUCCUGGGCAGGAAGAUCGUGGAACUGGAGGUGGAGAACAGAGGCCUGAAGGCAGAACUCGACGACCUGAGGGGGGAUGACUUCAACGGCUCGGCCAACCCGCUCAUGAGGGAGCAGAGCGAAUCCCUGUCGGAACUGCGGCAGCACCUGCAGCUGGUGGAGGACGAGACGGAGCUGCUGCGGCGGAACGUGGCGGACCUGGAGGAGCAGAACAAGCGCAUCACGGCCGAGCUCAACAAGUACAAGUACAAGUCAGGCGGCCACGAGAGCGCGCGACAUCACGACAGCGCCAAGACCGAGGCCCUGCAAGAGGAGCUGAAGGCAGCGCGCCUGCAGAUUAACGAGCUCAGCGGCAAGGUCAUGCAGCUGCAGUACGAGAACCGCGUGCUUAUGUCCAACAUGCAGCGCUACGACCUGGCCUCGCACCUGGGCAUCCGCGGCAGCCCGCGCGACAGCGACGCGGAGAGCGACGCGGGCAAGAAGGAGAGCGACGACGACUCGCGGCCGCCUCACCGCAAGCGCGAGGGCCCCAUCGGCGGCGAGAGCGACUCGGAGGAGGUGCGGAACAUCCGCUGCCUGACGCCCACCCGCUCCUUCUACCCCUCGCCCGGGCCCUGGCCCAAGAGCUUCUCUGACCGGCAGCAGAUGAAGGACAUCCGCUCAGAGGCCGAGCGCCUGGGGAAGACCAUCGACCGGCUCAUCGCCGACACUAGCACCAUCAUCACGGAGGCGCGCAUCUACGUGGCCAACGGGGACCUGUUCGGACUGAUGGAUGAGGAGGACGACGGCAGCCGCAUCCGCGAACACGAGCUGCUCUACCGCAUCAACGCGCAGAUGAAAGCUUUCCGCAAGGAGCUGCAGACCUUCAUCGACCGCCUCGAGGUGCCCAAGUCUGCGGACGACCGCGGCGCGGAGGAGCCCAUAUCCGUGAGUCAGAUGUUCCAGCCUAUCAUUUUACUUAUUCUCAUUCUUGUAUUAUUUUCAUCACUUUCUUACACAACGAUAUUUAAACUUGUCUUCCUUUUUACGCUGUUUUUUGUACUGUAAAUCUUUCAUCAUUUACCAUUCAUUGUAGUAUUUUCAGUUUAUUUAUUUUGUUCACCCUUCAAGACAAGAAGUAAAAGAAGUAUAAUUUCUGUAGUAAUCAAUGCUAUAAAAACACUGAAGACUGCCUAUUUCUUUAAAAAGACCCAUCUUACCACUACCAAAUUCAAAAAGAAGCCCAAGCAUUAAAAUAUUUCAGGCAAGUGAGACUGCUUUGAAUAAAACAACUCCAAGCUUCCAAGAAACAGUUGAGAAGACAGAGACAAGCAGAAAUACCCCUUCACUAACACUCACACGGUUGCCAUGGACCUGCAUAAGCAGUGGGAGAACACAGAGGCUAACUGGCACAAGGAAAAGAUGGAAUUACUGGACCAGUUUGACAACGAAAGGAAGGAAUGGGAGAGUCAAUGGAAAAUCAUGCAGAAGAAGAUAGAAGAGCUUUGCCAUGAAGUAAAGCUUCGGAGGAAAAUCAACAUGAAUGAACGUGCUAAGAUCAUCAGUCACGAUCGCGAGAAAGCAAUUCGAGAUAAAGUGCUGGAAUCUCCAAAUGACCCCAGUUCAGGGCGAUGUGAAUUUACAGGGAUAAAUCACAGGGAUGGUCUGGAAAAAGAAAAUAAAACAGAGCAGAGCUUACUCUGUGAGGGAAAUCAAAUGUGUAAGGAACAAAAAGCAACAAAAAAAUCACAAGUAGGGUUUAUGGAUCCUUUGGCCACACAGAACCAAAAAGAUUGUGAGGCCUGCCCUGGUCCGAGGACUUGGAGGGAAGAGAGCAGGAGGUGUUCUGGGGCCCUCAACUUGGCUCUUGAAGAACUUGCCAAAGUUAGUGAAGAGUUAUGCAGCUUUCAAGAGGAAAUCCGAAAGCGGUCCAACCACAGAAGGAUGAAGUCAGAUUCGUUUCUUCAGGAAAUGCCAAAUGUAAUUAAUAUGCCUCACAGAGACCACAUGGUCAAUGAUGGCCAGGGCAUUCUUCCCCUCAAUUUAGAAAAAGAAAAGCAGAAAAAUAGGAAGAACCUAAGUACCAAUGUGCUCCAAAGCAAUUCUCUGAAGACAUGUGAACUAGAUACAAUUGAUCUGCAAAGAAAUGAAAUUCCACCACUUCCUCCUCCAAGAAGCACAUCUCGAAAUUUUCCCAGCUCCUAUUCCGAAAAAGCUCAUGAAAGUUUGAAGGAAAGUUUAGAUCACUGCAGCCACGUGGCCCAAGAGGGUCAAGAUGAAAGGAACUGCAGUUCUGAUUUCCUUUUGAGGCACAAUGAGAUGCCUAUCCUGUGUCUAAAUGAAGGCAAGAGUUUGAAAGAUGGUAUCAUGUCUCCUUCUUUGGCCCCCAAAGCCAAAAUAGGUAACAAGCCUUCAUGUAAUGAAAAUGUUGGACUUAGCAUGUGGUUGUAUGACCCUGGGAUCAGUGCAAAAAAUAGUCCCUCUCCAUUGUGGUUUCAGAAAACCUGCUUGACUCCCAAUAAGCCAAAGUGUGAAAAGAUGGUUCCAGAUCACCCUACUAAAGCUCAUCCUGAUCUGCAUAUAAGCAGUGACUAUAGCUCCUUGGUGACAGAGAGCAGCGGCCCACUUAAAAGUUUCAGUUGUGGCUUUAAGAGGACAACUAGGAAUGAAAAACUGGCAGCAAAGACUGAUGAAUUUAACAGAAUUGUAUUUAGAACAGAUAGAAAUUGUCGGGCAAUACAGCAAAAUCAAAGCUACUCAGAAUCAUCUGAAGAUCUUAAGCCCUGUGAUAUCUUAAUUACUCAUACAGGUAGCAUCUCAGAAAAUGACAAUGUGUCUGAUAUUCUGAAAACCAGUGUCCACGUGCCUGUGCCCAGAGAAAAUGUGCCUGACAAUCCCACCACAAUAUCCACAACAGGCCUUGUUAAACCAACGCAGGAACACAUGAGCACCAGCAGUUACCGCAAUAUGCUCCAAGAGCAUGACUGGAGACCCAGUAAUUUGUCUGGUCGGCCAAGAUCAGCUGAUCCUAGGUCAAAUUAUGGUGUUGUGGAAAAGCUGCUGAAAACCUAUGAGACAUCCACAGGAUCUGCAGUGCAAAAUUCUAAAUGCAUCCAGGAUAACUGGACCAGAUGUAAUGCUGAUGUCAGCAGUGGGCCCACGUUAAGUCAGCAUUUAGAAAUACUUCAGUUAGAACAAGAGCUUCAGCAAAAGCCAACUGUGUGUGGAGCACAGCAAGUGAAACAAGGAGUAGACUGGAGAAAGAUAACAGAGGAAUCCAUGGCAGUGAAAUCUUCGCAUGGAAAAGGAUUUUCCCGACCGGCUAGACCAGCAAAUCGCCGUCUCCCUUCCAGAUGGGCCUCAAGAUCUCCAUCAGCGCCCCCUGCCGUGCGGAGGACUGCCCCCAGCUAUACCAUUUCUUUGAGAUCCGCAGCAUCAAUGGUCUGAGUCUCUGGCCUGGAUUGCUAGAUGACAAAAGUCCUAAUUGCCAAACAGAGCAUUCCGAGUGUUUACAGCCAAUCCUAUCUCUUCUCUGUCUUUCAAGAUCACUGGGACAAACGAUUUCAAUCUUAACUUCCCAUCAGUCUUCAGUGUUUUUAAUCUAUGGAAUAAUUAUCUUCCUGUAUUUUGAUUUCUUAGAUCAGAAUUUUUUAAUGCCAUCCUCAUUAAUUUGCCAAUAUGAUUUUGAGUUGAAACAAUGUACUAUAUUGUAUAUUCGAACUUUCUUGCAAGUAGCAGAAAGCAAGGUUAUGUGCAUGGCCAUGUGUUUGUAGAUGCAUGUGUUGCAAUGAGAAGUAUCCUAGUAUGUAUUUAGAUAAGAAAAACAUAUGUGCUAGUGUUGACUUUGAAAUUAUAACCUGUAUACCUAUGUA